UUGCUCAUGAAAGUCCAGGUGUUUGUUUUGUCUUGCUGUUUUAAAAUUACAUCAAAAUGCCAAUAAGACCAGAUCUCCAGCAGUUGGAAAAAUGCAUUGAUGAUGCUUUAAGAAAAAAUGAUUUCAAACCUUUAAAAACACUUUUACAAAUUGGUGUUUGUGAAGAUGUAAAGAUUAAAUGCAGCAAGCAAUUUUUACACAAGUUGGAUGACCUUGUAUGCAGGGAGCUUAAUAAAAAGGACAUCCAAACCGUUUCAACCAUUUUUGUUUCUUUUGGAAGAUGUGGUAAAAAUAUCAGUAUAUUGGGGCAAGCCGGACUUUUAACUAUGAUAAAACAAGGACUAGUCCAGAAGAUGGUUGCCUGGUUUGAAAAAUCCAAGGAGAUUAUUCUCAGUCGAGGAAAUUCAAAAGAUGAGGCAGCUAUAAAUAUGAUAGAAGACUUACUUGAUCUUUUGAUGGUCAUACAUGACAUCAAUGAUGAAGGUAAAAGGCAAGUAGCGGAAAAUUUUAUACCUCAAAUCUGUGUCCUGGUUAUUGACUCAAGAGUGAAUAUUUGUAUUCAGCAAGAGGCUGUAAAAAAAAUGAAUGUUAUGCUUGACAGAAUGCCUCAGGACGCCAGAACAAUACUCUCUGACCAAGAAAUGUUUAUUCUCAUGAGUAGUAUGGGAGAAAGGAUUUUAGAUGCUGGAGAUUAUGAUUUACAAGUAGGUAUCGUAGAAGCACUGUGUAGAAUGACUUCAGAAAAACAAAGACAGGAACUUUCAUGUCAGUGGUUUUCAAUGGAUUUUAUUGCUAAUGCAUUUAAAGGAAUUAAAGACUCUGAAUUUGAAACAGAUUGCAGAGUAUUUCUCAACCUUGUAAAUGGCAUGCUUGGAGACAAGAGAAGGGUCUUUACAUUUCCUUGUUUAUCAGCAUUUCUUGAUAAACAUGAGUUGAAAAUACCUUCAGAUGAAAAACUUGAGGAAUUUUGGAUAGAUUUUAAUCUUGGGAGCCAGGCUGUAUCAUUCUACGUUGCUGGAGAUAACGACGAUCAUCAAUGGGAAGCAGUGACUGUGCCUGAGGAAAGAGUACAAAUAUACAGCAUUGAAGUGAGAGAAUCGAAGAAGCUACUGACCAUAAUCUUGAAAAAUACAGCAAAAAUUAGUAAAAGAGAAGGGAAAAAAUUGCUUCUGUAUUUUGAUGCAUCAUUGGAAAUUGCUAGUGUGACACAAAAAAUUUUGGGUGCAAAUAAAUACAGGGAAUUUACCAGAAAACAAGGUAUUUCUGUUGCGAAAACAUCUGUGCAUAUAAUUUUUGAUGCAAGUGGAUCACAGAUUCUGGUGCCAGAAAGUCAAAUCUCACCCAUGGAAGAGGAAAUCAUUAGUUUGAAGGAAAAACCUAACUCCCAAAAGGAAUUCGCUAAACCUCCAAAAUGUAUCAAAAACAGCAAUCAAGGGGACAGAAAGAAUAGUCAGCUUGGGGUAAAUAUGUCUGAGCUGAGACCAAGAGUCGGACGCUUAAUCGACUGCGCCACACAGGUGCCCCGCAAUAUGUCAUGUUUAAAACCCUACAAAUACGGAAGUCCUUUGUCCUCCUUUUUAGCAACACCACGAAGAGGAAGAGUUAAACCACCGCUGCACAUGAUGAGUUCUGCAGAAAAACCUGAUAUUCCUAAAACAUCCGAAAGUGGGGUGGAUAAUGCUGAAUCACUUACAUCCAGACCAUCUGAAGAAAGAAAGAGCAGAGAUAAUACAGACAAACAUAUCAAAACUGCUAAAGCUGUAGAGAAGGCGGAAAACAAGGACACUGAAUUCCUAAACCAAAAUUUUAAUACACUGCAGGAUGCUGUUCCUGAUUCACAGACAGUGGGAAAAAAAGAUAAACCUGUGUUAUCUGGUGUGUUGGACAACGUCUGUGGAAAUAAAAUGAACUCCAAAUGGUCAUGUUGGACCCCUGUAGCAAGUAUUAAUCUAUGUAACAACAAAAGAGCAAGUACUUCAUCGGGAGAUACAUUCAAUCAAGGUAUUAUUGUCAAAAAACUUGCUAAACAGAAAUCAUCCUCUUCAACAUCUGGUGAUAAUUGUGAAGACACAGAAAAGGUGCCGCAUAAGAAAAAAACAACGCAGCAUAACGAAAUAGAUAAAGUGGAAGUAGGAGUUUGCAAAAGAGACAGUCAGCAACAACUAAAUCAUCCUAAAUGUUCAGAGCUGAAAAACACUGAAAAUACCAAACAGAGUGAUUGGCAUAUUGAAUCUGAAACUACUUUCAAAUCCGUUCUCUUAAAUAAGACCGUUGAGGAAUCUCUGAUCUAUAGGAAGAAGUACAUAUUGUCAAAAGACGUGAAUACCGCUAUUUGUGAUAAAAGCCCUUCUCCUAGAAAAAAUGUGAAAAGUCACAGAAGAUCAGGGAAAAGACUAACGUCUGAACUUAAUUCCUGGGAUCUGAAACAAAAACAAAUGAGGGAAAAGUCAAAAGAGAAAGGAUUUACCGAUGCAACAGAAUCCUUGAUAAACCAACUCAAUAAGAGAUAUAAACCCAAGGAUGACAUAAAGUCUACAAGAAAAUUCAAAGAGUCUUUGAUUGAUGGUGGUUUUUCAGACAAAUCUGAUCUACAGCUCAGUAAGGAAAAAGUUCAGAAAAAAAGUUAUAGGCAACUGAAGACUACUUUUGUUAAUGUUACUUCUGAAUGCCCACUGAAUGAUGUUUACAAUUUUAACUUGAAUGGCGCUGAUGAGCCUAUUAUAAAACUUGGAAUCCAGGAAUUUCAAGCUGCAGCUACAGAAGCCUGUGUGGAUAAUUCAAUGACAUUGUUAGGUUUGAGGAAUCAUGAUGAACUUGAAUCUCCUCUCAAAACAAAAGAUAAAAAAAUUGUAGCAAAUCAUAAAAAGAAAAAUCUCUUUAGUGAUACUGACACAGAAUACAGAUGUGAUGACAGCAAGACCGAUGUUAGCUGGCUGAAGGAACCAAAAUCAAAACCACAGCUGAUAGACUAUAGCAGAAAUAAAAAUGUGAAGAAACAGAAAAGUGGCAAAUCAAGACCAUCGUUGGAAAGGGGACAACCAAGAUCUAAAAUGACACCCAACAAAAACACCACCAAAAAGGUAGAGGAGACCGUUCCAUAUGGGAGAACCAGACUUCCACGAAGAGCGGCAAAAACCAAAAAAAAUUACAAAGAUCUCUCAAAUUCAGAAUCAGAGAGUGAACAAGAAUUUUCACAUUCAUUUAAAGAGAAAUUGCUAGAAAAGGAGGAAAAUAUCCAUUCCAGAAGCAAAACCAUAAAGCUGCCAAAGAAACAGAAGAAAGCCUUCUCUGCCGAAUCACAGAAGGAUAUAUCAAAAGAAUGGAAAAAUUCAUCUCUACUAAAAGAUGCUGUAAGAGAUAAUAGCCUUGGCUUAUCUCCUGUAUCUUUAUCUGGGAGCCCAUCAUCUAUAGAAGUCAUGAGAUGUACAGAGAAAAUAACAGAGAAGGAUUUUACUCAGGAUUAUGACUGUGUAACAAAAUCCAUAUCACCUUAUCUGAAAACUUCAUCACCUGAAUCUUUAAACAGUAAAUAUAGAGUCGGAGGUCCAAUAAAGUCACCUAAAAACAGUGACAAAAAUGUAUGUGCACGAGAACAUUGCUCACCAAUUCCACGAUCCUUCUUCUUGGGAAAUCAUUCCGCAUCUCCACUAUCUAUGUCUAGUGAAGGAAGAGAGCAAAUACGGUGCGACAUUCCUUGUGACUCUACUCAUGUAUCAGGCCCCACACAGCAUUUUAGUCGCAAACGAAUGUACAUAGAAGAAGAUAAUCUAAGUAAUGCUGAUGUAGUAGAAGAGGAGGAGGAAGGGAGAGUAUACUUGCUUCCCAAAAAACUAUCCAGAACUGAAGACACAGAUGAUCACACUUAUAAAGUAUCUGAAAGUAUAUCUCCGUUAUCAACAAAUGACUUGUCUCUUCCUGCGGAGAGCUGGGAAAGUGAAAUUUCAGGUGUGGGGAUGAUGUGUGAGAAGCUCAAUACGGAAUUUAGGAGGAAAUUUCAUAUCCGCCAAAAAAUGAUGGAUUAUUUUGCAAAGCAGUCUUGGAAAACAGCUCAACAACAUCUGACCAACAUGAACCAUCAGAUUCAGGAGUACAGGAUCAAAAAACUCGAUAAAUUCCAAUUCAUCAUCAUAGAGGAGCUGGAGAAUUUUGAAAAAGAUUCACAGUCUUUAAAAGAUUUGGAGAAGGAAUUUGUGGAAUUGGGAGAGAAGAUAUUUCAGAAGUACAGUGCCUAUCAAAAAAGUGAGCUGCAGAGGCUUCACCACUUGAAAGCGUCACUGGACAAAAAUGUCUUCUACAACACUGAUUACGAAGACGCUAUUUUUACAUCUGAGAUGUGCUCAAUGAAGGAGGACAUGAAGGUGCUGCAGGAACAGCUUCUGAAGGACACGCAAGAAGAGGAGCUUCUCAACGUACGCAGAGGACUGAUGUCAUUAUUCAUGGCUCAUGAAAGAAACGUUCAUGUGUGAUGUCUGGGUGUUAGCAAUUAGUUGUAGCCACUUACCCCUUUUUGUGUAUACCAGGAAAUCCCACAGUAGCUCUACCGAGAGAAAAACAGACGUCACCCAGGCAAGAGUACUUUUGUAGGAGCCUCCAAAUCCAAAGAAAUUGUUGUCUUAUGGAUGAGAAAGAACCACUAUAACAUGACUCCAGCCUCAAAAGACCUUUGUCUGAAUAGUACUGUUCUUUUUUUAGGGAAAAAUUUUGGGAAAACCAAAUAGUGAAAGGAAUUUUGCUUGUUUCUGUAGGACUAUUUAUGUUGGACAGACCAAUCUUACUGAGUUAAACUAAAACUUACCAUAUAAAAUGUACUUUUAAAUGAAUACAGUUUGGACUAAAUAUAAGGUGUUACUAGUUCGGAGUGUACUACAUGCAAUAAAAACUUGGCCCUGCUGAGAAGGGGGAGAAGCCUCUGAUUUCAGAUGCUUACCGGAGUGAGAGUCUGGCCCACUGCUGGAGAGUGUAUUUAUUCAGUUAUGGCACCUGUGUUAGAAGGCAUUAAACAGCCUAUAAGAGUUCCUGUAUUUUCUAAAUAUUUUAAUUCCAGGUAGAUACCUUAACUCCUAAGCAUGCUCUUUUGACAAGUACUUUUUAAGCUCCUACUAUUCACUAUAAUAUUUUGCUAGAAUACAAAAAUACACUUAAUAUAUUAAAGUUGAAAUAAAUGCUGUGCCACUUGGAUAAGGAUCAUAAAUAAAAUGUUGUGAAUCAUUUC